AUCAAAUCUAUCAAUCGAUUAUCUAGACUCCUUAUCCCUCCCUGAUCAUGCAACUUGCUUAUCGCUAGUUAAUUUAUUCACUGAGCGGAUCAUCGCUCCCUGUCAUUUCCACCAACCCCCCACUACACCCUAACACCACUUGCAUCCGCACGCGACCUGCAUCAUCGUCAUCCGAUCAUACCGGAUUAAUCUCAACUUCACACACUACCACUACCACCACCACUUCCAGCCAUGGCUCAAAAAGCCGCCAAAACCCUCGCCGCGCGCAACGCGUCCCUCCUCACCCGCACCCACCUCAUCAGUGCCGCCCUGCACAUCCUCUUCCUAACUCUCCACUGGCUCUUCAACCGCCCCCGCUCCCUAACCCCCUACUUCACACUGGCCUGCCCGACCCUCCUCAUUGAAUUCUACCUCGAACGCCUCGGCCGUCCGGUCUACAACCCCGCUGAUGGAUCCCUCCGCUCUCCCGGCGAGGAUCUCGGCGCCGCAGGCCUGACGGAAUACAUGUGGGACGUGCUGUACUGGACGUGGGGUUGUCUUGGAGCUGCCUGCUUGUUUGGCGAUCGUGCUUGGUGGUUGUGGAUUGUUGUGCCGGUGUAUUCGGUCUGGUUGGCGUAUAGUACCUUUAUGGGGAUGAAGAGUGGGUUGGCGGGGAUGGGAGGUGCGGGUGCUGGGCAGGAGCAAGGUGGAGGUGCGGCGGAGAGUAAGAGGCAGAAGAAGAUGGAGAAGAGGGGUGCUAGGGGGGUGCAGUAUCGGUGAGGUGGUCUUGUGAGGGGUGGGUUGUUGUUUUGGAAUUGUAAGUGGAGUGGCUUUUUGGGGGAUGGUUUAUGCAUAUAUAUUACAGAUGGCUACGCAUUGCGCGGUUGGGCUUCACCAUUUUUUUUUUUUUCCUUUGGUUGAGCAAAUUGUAUUUUAAUGUAUGUGAAGAUAGAUUGGAUGCGAGAUGAACGCUUCCCAAAAAGCAAAAGUUUGGGUGCCAGAAGGGCACAAGAAU